CCUAAUAUUUAUAAAUGAGUGUUUCACCUUUCCUGGUCAGUCUCUGCAGACACUCACCCUCAAGAUGGAUGCCUUGGCUUCGGAUCCGACCGACUUGUCCCAUUUUGACGCAUUCUUUAUCAUAUCCGUCCCCUAUAAAACCGUGCGCGGCCAUACAAUCACUGUGGAUGUGCUAUAUCCAAAGAGCCUCAACGAGCCAUCUAAUCAGCAAUUGCGCUCCAUCCCUCGACCGGUUCUGCUUCGCUAUCAUUGCGGCGGCUUGAUUGCGGGCUACAGUCUCUUCCCCCCAUUUUUUAGCCCGUGGUAUCUUGAACUGGCGCAGAAAUACUCGGCCAUCAUUGUUUCCCCAAAUUACAGACUCUUACCGGAGUCCUCUGUGCUGGAAGUCCUUGAGGAUAUCGAAGACCACUGGCAAUGGAUGCAUCAGUCGUUGCCCCUUCUACUUCAGCGGGAAACCAAUGGCGCCGUGAAGGCCGAUCUGAGCCGGAUCAUGACUAUCGGCGACAGCGCCGGGGGGUAUCUCAGUUUGCAAAUGGGGCUAAGUCACCCAGACCAGAUUCGAGCGGUUAACGCUGUUUAUCCGAUGGUCAAUCCGAAAGCACCUUACUUCAGCAGUGGCCAGGAACGACCAGUGUUCAACCUCGAAGCUUUUCCACAAGAUACACUGAGAUCGCAUCUCGACGACAUUAGGAGACAAGAGGAGCCCGUGAUUGUGUCUGCCCCGACUGACCCCGAUCGAUUACGGUUAAUGUUUGCCGCAUGUCAGCAUAGCCAGUUAGGUCAGCUCUUCCCUGCCGGGCCCAUUGGUCCGUAUCCGCUCGAACGACUCGACGCGGGCGCACGCUUUCCACGUGGUGGAGUUUUGAUACUCCACGGACGGGAUGACAGUGUGUCUCCUGUGGAGGAGAGCUACCAGCUGCAAAGGAAAAUCAUCGAGGUUGACCCCAGCCUCAAAUUUCGUCUCAUCGUGCGGGACGGGGAGCAUGGAUUUGACCACCAAGCCAGGCUGCACGACGCUUGGUUGUGGGAUGCAGCUCAGGACAUUAUCAGAUCGUGGCUGGAGUGAAGGUUUCCUCCUCCGAUCUAGGUUGACAGGGCAUAUAACAGCCACAAUUCCCAACAGAACUUGGUCUGGGUAUUUUGAUUGCGCCCUGUACAAAGUGUAUUUGAUUUAGAAUCAAUAGGCAAGGCGAAGCAUGAUUCACAUGUUUAAACCUCAAGUCAUUUAGCGGAGUGGUAAUAUGC